CAAAUCGAUACUAAUAGAAGGAAUAUUUGGGUUUAAAUCAUCCUUCCCAGCAAUUGAAUCAAUCUCACACUCUGCCAAAUUGUCUGUGAUAUCAUUCAAGAAAAUUUCCUCAUUGAGAAUUCCUUGGUUUCCAAAGGACAUGAGUUUUUGCUUGAAAGAUAUCGAAAAAAAAAACCCUCUCCACAUCUCUGCCCAGAUUUUGGAUGUUUGACGUUUUCAAUCUCCACAUCCAUUCCUUCAUGUUGCUCAACCAAAGGUUCUACGCCCCCUCCUGGAUCUGUACUCUCCUCCAUGACUUUAGAAAAAAAAUUGAAAAAAUUUCAGAUUGGAAAAAUCGUCUUCCGUAAAAUACGUUAUUUCUCUCUCUAACCGAAAUUUCCUCUUCAUGAACCAAUAGGAUCAUCGAAAAGAGUUAGUACGUCAAAAUUUUAUUUUCUUCGUUUUGCUUGAUAUUAGAUGGUUAAUUGUAUUAAUAUCUGACAAACUCUUCCGAGAGUCCAAAACCCUAUAUGCACAAGUAGGCCUCGUAUGGACCCUCACUUUCAUUUCUAGGCCACUUUUUUUGUUUCUUGCAAAACUAGGCAAGUUAAACGGAUUCCAUCAACUUUAACCAUCUCGGUCAAUUUAUCACGUUGACUUGUCAAUAUCUCGCCAAAAUAUCAUAUAGGGAGAUCUCAUACAUGUGGUAAGAUUACUGAAAUGUCCUUCACACGUGUGUGUCAGUCACACACGUUUAAAUGUUCACCUGUCUCGAUAAGAUCUCCACGUGUUGCUAUCUAAGAGCCUAAUCUAAGUAACACGAAAUCUCGAGGAUGAAUUGAACGGCCAAGAUAGUUCUUCAUUGUUAUUAUCGACAGUGCGGGAAGAUGUAAGGAAUAACAGAAGAUUCUUGGAUUGAGAAAUCGAUUCAUUUAGUUUCUUCUUCUCUUUUGUUCUUCAGAGAGGGUUCUUCAGAGAGGGUUUUUAGAUAAAUCAGUGAAACGGUGUUUUGUUAGUUGAGAUUCGAAGAAUAAAUUGAAGAUUUCCUGCUGGUGAAGAUGACGAGAAGGAAGAAGCGUUCUACAGAGAGAAAGCAAGUGGUUAAAGUGGUUAAAGAGGUUCAACAGGACAUAUUUCUAACCAGAAAUAUUAAGGUGAAGGAUCUAAUCAACACUGCUAUGUGUUUUGAGUUUAAGGGUUUGUCCAGAGAAGAUAUGGGUAUAAAUCAGUUAAAGUCUAGGAUUAGUCCUAAUGUUGAGAUUAACCAGUAAGGAGACAUUGGACCUUCUAUGGUUUGUUGAUACAUGCCUACCAUCAAACAUCAUUAAUGAUGUAGAAUUUUGGUUUUUCUGGGAAAAUGCAAUUGAAGAUGAACAUGGUUGGAUUACAUUGUAUUUGCAAGUGAUGCCACUAGAUGAGAAUGGUGAGAUAGAUGUAUCUCAGGUUACUGCAGAUUCACAGCCUCCUCCACCACAAAUGACACCCAAAAAGAAUGUGACUCCAAAGAAGCCAGUCUCUAAGACUCCACCUAAACCAGUUUUUACUAGUGGUUCAUCACCUAAGAGAUGGCAUGGAAAGUCAGUUAGAAGAAGUCAAAGAAUACCAAGGAUGAAGAAGAAGAAUCCUACUAAAGUAUUUGUUGAUUUAGCUGGUAGUGAAGAAGAUGUUUUUGAUGAAUAUGUUGAUGAUGGAGGUGUAUCAGUUCCACAGUUUACUCAACAAACGCAAGCAAGUGUAGCUGAGAAUGAUGAUGGAGAUGUUUAUAUUCCACAGUUUACUCAACAAACAAAAGCAAGUGUAGCUGAGCGUAAUCCUGUUUUGGAGGCUAGUGGAGCUGAACAAGGUAAUGAGAUACCUAGAUUAGAUGAUUAUUUCAAUCAUAACUUUUGGGUUGAAGCUACAACACAGGCAGAAGUGGUGGAAGAUUUGUUUGCAGUUGCCCAAGAGCACUUGAAAAAUGUAGAAGAAGAUGAAUGUAACCCUGAUGAUGAGGAUGUCCUGAAGAUGAAUGACAAUGACAAUGAAGAGAAAGAUAUCAAGAGUUACAAUAAGUUUCUACAAAAAGUUGAGAAUGGGUAUCUUUCAUAUGGUACUGCAAGUGAGAGAAGUGAUGGUGAUAAUGUUGAUAAUGAUGUUGCAAGUGAUGGUGAUAAUGUUGAUAGUGAUGCUGGUGAUCCAAACUUUGGGGAGGUGGAGGUUGAGAAUGACAAGGAAGAGGACCAUUAUGGGGACUUGGUCUCUGACAGAGAAGAAGAAGAAACCAACAAGAAUGAUGGGCUUGAACUUAUAGUAUCAGAAAGCAACAAGACUGAUGGGCCUAAUUGUUCAAAGCCUCAUGAUAACACACAGUUUGAAGAAGAGCAUGCACAACAUUUUAAGGAUGAGGAAGCUGAGGAGAUGUUCCCUGAGGGAAUUACUUUUGAACAAGUGGAUCCUUACAUCCUAGUGAAGGGAAGCAAGUUUGUAAGCAAGAAUGCUUUCAAGAAGCAUUUGAGGGCCUACUGUGUGAAGCAUAGACAUCAGGUCAAGUUUAAAGAUUCAAACAACUACAAGAUUAGGGUGAAGUGCAUUCAUCAUGAGAAGACCAAGUGUCCUAUGUUCAUUUAUGGAAGAGUUUUCAAGGGUGAAGGAACUACAUUUACUCUGAGAAGUUGGAAUGUGAAGCACACAUGCAAUGGAAAUGUUAAAGGGGAGAACAUAUGUGCAAAUCCAGAAUUUGUAGCAGACUGGUACAUGCAUAGGUUGGAGACUCUAGGUAGCAAAAACAAAAUCACUGAUCCUGAGUCAUUGGCAAAUGAGUUCAACAAAACAAUGAAAGUGAACAUUAAGUACCAUACAGCAUGGAGAGCAAGAAAUAUCGUGUUGCAGAAUCUUCAUGGCAGCUAUGAGGAGAAGUACAAGAAAAUUCCUGCAUUCUGUGAAAUGGUGAAGGAAAAAAUGCCUGGCAGUGUAGCUAGUUUCUCAUAUGGAAGCACAAACAACACAUUCUUGUCAAUGAUACUCUGCUUCAAGCCUGCUUGAUGAGUGCCAAAUAUUGUACCAAAUAAAGUCUGGAUGAUUUGCGGAGCAGAAAAGUAGUGAAAAGCCGGGAGGAAUUAC